AUUCCUAUCUUGCCUUGUUCUUUAAGUUGUCAUAUACAUUCUAAUACACAUGGUGUUUCAUUUUACAAGGCCUUUUUCAAUGGAGCUUCUAGUAAAGCCUAUCAUGGAAUUGGUAAAGUGUUUGGGGAGGUCAACCUGCACCUAUCUAGGUUAUCACUUAAAUUUUGAUGAAGCUGUGAGUGAUUUGAGAAGAGAAUUGCAAGUUCUAAUCUCUCGAAAAGAAGAUAUAAAUUUAAGCAUACAGUCUGAGGCUGGUUGGGGAAAAGAAGUGAAACAUGAAGUGCAAGGCUGGCUUAAACAUGUACAAGAAACCAAUAAUGAAGUGCAAGCCAUUCAAGAAAAUAUUCAGAGCGUUAAGUGGUACUCAAAGGGCCGUCUUGGAAAACUUGUUUCAGUUGAAGAAGGCGGCAUUAAUGAUGAUGCUUUUGGUGUUAAUUUUAAGAUAACUUCUAAUGGUGAAGGGCAACAGGAAAGGGAGUGUGGGAGAGAAGUUAAACCAAUAUCCAUGCUUCGUACCUUUAAGAGAAGUAGUAAAACACUUGCUAGUGGUUUUAAAUUGAAGCUGCUCACCUUCAUCGGCAAUUUCUGCAGUUAUGAUGAUGGAACUCCUGUAAACAUUGCCGCUGCUCAACCAAAAGCUAUAGGAAUCUCAGGAUCCUCCAAGAAUAAUUAUGCUGAAAGCAAUGUGGUUUCACCAUUCAACAAAAUGAAGUUGGCUCAAUCAAGCUCAAAGCCAUCAUCCAAUCAAGGAUGGCAGGUAACCAUGGAGGAUGCUAUGAGUAAUGAAUUAGAUCUUUUGUGCCCUCAAAGAGCUUAAGCAUCUAGAUGUAGCCUAACUGAGAUUAUGUAAACAUUAGAUGGCUUAAGUGUUCAGUCUCUAACAUUUGACUGAAUUAUUACAAGCAGGGCAGAUGCUAAUUGGAAGCAAUAAUACAUAAAAACCAAGAUGAAAGACUGGGAAGUUUCAAUUGAUUUGGUUUCCAGUUGUUUCAUUUGAUUGGGGAUUUAUGAUGUAGGUGUGAAGAAAUGGGGAAGAGGAAGAUGCAAGUCUUGUAGAGGCAUAUAGACGAAUGUGUUCUUCAUCAAAUGGACACUUAAGUCCUGAGUGUAGACAGUAAUUAUGUUGAGGAAGCAAAACCUCUGCUUCCGAAAAUAAGGUGAGGUACUAUGU